GGGGCUGUGUGCUUAGACGCGGCAGCCCCUGGCUUCCCACAGGGGGCAGCCCUACUGGGGAGGCUUUGUGACGCUGAAGGCUCCUUGUGUUGCUUGGCCAGGGCCGUGACCUGCUUGCAGAUCUCUGAAGACCUGGGCAGUGAGAAGUUCUGCAUGGAUGCGGGCCAGGCGGGGACCGGCAGCUGGCUCAAGUACAUCCGCGUGGCGUGCUCCUGUGAUGACCAGAACCUCACCAUGUGUCAGAUCAACGAGCAGAUUUACUAUAAAGUCAUCAAGGACAUCGAGCCGGGUGAGGAGUUGCUGGUGCACGUGAAGGAAGGCAUCUACCCCCUGGGCACAGUGCCUCCCGGUCUAGACGAGGAGCCCACGUUCCGCUGUGACGAGUGUGACGAGCUGUUCCCGUCCAAGCUGGACCUGCGGCGCCACAAGAAGUACUCGUGCGGCUCGUUGGGGGCCGGGCUCUACGAGGGCCUGGCCGAGGACCUCAAGCCUGAGAGUCUAGGCGGCGGCGGCAGCCAGGCCCACGAGUGCAAGGACUGCGAGCGCAUGUUCCCCAACAAAUACAGCUUGGAGCAGCACAUGAUUGUGCACACCGAGGAGCGGGAGUACAAGUGCGACCAGUGCCCCAAGGCCUUCAACUGGAAGUCCAACCUCAUCCGCCACCAGAUGUCCCACGACAGUGGCAAGCGCUUCGAAUGUGAAAACUGUGUGAAGGUGUUCACGGACCCCAGCAACCUGCAGCGGCACAUUCGCUCACAGCAUGUGGGUGCACGGGCCCACGCCUGCCCGGACUGCGGGAAGACCUUCGCCACGUCCUCGGGCCUCAAGCAGCACAAGCACAUCCACAGCACGGUCAAGCCUUUCAUAUGUGAGGUCUGCCACAAGUCUUACACGCAGUUCUCCAACCUGUGUCGGCACAAGCGCAUGCACGCCGACUGCCGCACGCAGAUCAAGUGCAAGGACUGCGGGCAGAUGUUCAGCACUACCUCCUCCCUCAACAAGCACCGGCGCUUCUGCGAGGGCAAGAACCAUUACACGCCCGGCGGCAUCUUCGCCCCGGGCCUGCCCUUGACCUCCAGCCCCAUGAUGGACAAGGCGAAGCCCUCCCCCAACCUCAACCACGCCGGCCUGGGCUUCAGCGAGUACUUCCCCUCCCGGCCGCCCCCGGGGGGCCUGCCCUUCUCCGCGGCACCCCCCGCAUUCCCAGCACUGGCUCCCGGCUUCCCGGGCAUCUUCCCGCCGUCCCUGUACCCCCGGCCACCUCUGCUACCUCCCACACCGCUGCUCAAGAGCCCCCUGAACCACACAAGGGACGCCAAGCUCCCCAGCCCCCUGGGGAAUCCGACCCUGUCCCUGGUCUCUGCAGUCGGCAACAGCAGCCAGGGCGUCACGGCAGCGGGGGGCCCCGAGGAGAAGCUGGAGGGCCGCCUGGAGGAGGCGUACGUGGAAAAGCUCAAGACCAGGAGCAGCGACAUGUCGGACGGCAGUGACUUCGAGGACCUCAACACCACGACGGGGACCGACCUGGACACUACCACGGGAACGGGCUCCGACCUGGACAGCGACGUGGACAGUGACCCCGACAAGGCCAAGGACAAAGGCAAGCCAGCUGAGGGCAAGCCCGAGUUUGGGGGCGGCCCGGUGCCCUCGGGGGCCCCCAACAGUGUGGCCGAGGUGCCCGUCUUCUACUCCCAGCACUCGUUCUUCCCACCGCCCGACGAGCAGCUGCUGACCGCAUCGGGCGCGGCCAGCGACUCCAUCAAGGCCAUCGCGUCCAUCGCUGAGAAGUACUUCGGCCCCGGCUUCAUGGGGCUACAGGAGAAAAAGCUGGGCGCGCUGCCGUACCACUCAGUGUUCCCCUUCCAGUUCCUGCCCAGUUUCCCCCACUCCCUCUACCCCUUCACGGACCGAGCCCUCGCCCACAACCUUCUGGUCAAGGCCGAGCCCAAGUCGCCCCGGGACGCCCUCAAGGCAGGUGGCCCCAGCGCCGAGUGCCCCUUCGACCUCACCACCAAGCCUAAAGAGGCCAAGCCUGUCCCGCCCGCACCCAAGGGCCCCCCGGCGCCCACGCCCGGCGAGGAGCAGCCGCUGGAUCUGAGCAUCGGCAGCCGGGCCCGUGCCAGCCAGAACGGCAGCAGCCGGGAGCCCCGUAAGAACCACGUGUACGGCGAGCGCAGACUGGGCGCCGGUGAGGGGCUGCCCGUGUGCCCGGCGAGGAUGCCCCAGCAGCCCCCACUCCACUACGCCAAGCCCUCGCCCUUCUUCAUGGACCCCAUCUACAGCAGGGUAGAAAAGCGGAAGGUGACAGACCCCGUGGGAGCCCUGAAGGACAAGUACCUGCGACCGUCCCCACUGCUGUCUCACCCUCAGAUGUCCGCCAUCGAGACCAUGACGGAGAAGCUGGAGAGCUUCGCGGCCAUGAAGGCUGACUUGGGCAGCUCCCUGCAGCCCCUCCCCCACCACCCCUUCAACUUCCGGUCCCCACCCCCGACGCUCUCGGACCCCAUCCUCAGGAAGGGCAAGGAGAGAUACACGUGCAGGUACUGCGGGAAGAUCUUCCCCAGAUCAGCAAAUCUCACGAGACACCUGAGGACACACACCGGAGAACAGCCGUACAGGUGUAAGUACUGCGACCGUUCCUUCAGCAUCUCCUCCAACCUCCAGCGGCACGUCCGGAACAUCCACAACAAGGAGAAGCCCUUCAAGUGCCACCUGUGCAACCGCUGCUUCGGGCAGCAGACCAAUCUGGACAGGCACCUCAAGAAACACGAGCACGAGAAUGUGCCAGUGAGCCAGCACUCCGGGGUCCUCACAAACCACCUGGGCACCAGCACCUCCUCCCCCACCUCUGAGUCGGACAACCACGCACUUUUAGACGAGAAAGAAGACUCAUAUUUCUCCGAAAUCAGAAACUUUAUUGCCAACAGUGAAAUGAACCAAACAUCAACGCGAACAGACAAACGACCAGAGAUCCAGGAUCUGGACUCCAGUUCCCAGUGUCCAGUCUUGGCUGAGAAGCCAGAUGACGUGGAGGAGGAGGAGGACGAGGACCUGGAGGACGACGAGGACAGCCUGGCCGGGAAGUCGCAGGACGACGCCGUGUCCCCCGCACCCGAACCCCAGGCUGUCUUCGAGGACGAGGAGGACGAGGAGCCACCCACCUCCCUGGCCAUGGGCUUUGACCACACCCGAAGGUGUGUUGAGGAGCAAGAAGGCGGUCUGUUAGCUUUGGAGCCGAUGCCGACUUUUGGGAAGGGUCUGGACCUCCGCAGAGCAGCUGAGGAAGCAUUUGAAGUUAAAGAUGUGCUUAAUUCCACCUUAGAGUCUGAGGCUUUAAAACAGACCCUGUGCAGGCAGGCUAAGAACCAGGGCUCUCUGGACGCUUGGUUGAACAUAACAGGAGCCACAUCGGAGGCUGGAGCCUUUCACCCCAUUAACCACCUCUGAUGGGCUGGGAGCCUGGGGUCGGCGUCCAAAGCAAGGGCACCAGCUUCGGAGGACAUAGGCGGCCAGGACCGCAAGAACCCCUGCAUCUGUGUGUGACUACUGCCCAGCGCCUACCCCACCACCGUGGUUCAGACCCACCUUUUCCAAUGAAAACUCAGACGCCGGAAGCCCCUAAAGCAGUCAUAGAGUCUCGCCACCUCUUAGAAUUGACCUUGAGGACACUGUUGGGUCAGUCCAGCACAUGCUGUCCUGGGACAGUCCACGGAGCAGCCUUGCAGAAUCCAUCUGUGGCAGCGUGGAAGCUCGAUCCAAAGCAGAGGGUGGUGGCACUGCCGGGCGCCUGCAUGGGGCCACAGAGGGGACCAAACAGACAGGUGUGCUGGAGAGAGUGAAGUCGCUCAAACGAUUUUUAUAGUGAAAAUGACAAGAAUAGCCCUUUUGGUAAUCCUAUUGACUACAGAGUCUAUUUAAGCAUGUGGUUUUAAAAAUAGACAGUAUUUUUUAAAAAUCAAAAAAAUGACUUGCAAAUUGUUUUUUAAAAGUAAUUUUGCAUUGCUUUGAAAUUUCAGCUUCUUUGCAAACCCAAGUCUGCCUAGGAACCAGCACCGUGCUUGGGUGUGUUCUUUAUAUUGUAGAUAAUGGAGAAAUUUUCUAUCUCUGACCCUAUUUGUAUAAGCCAAGGUGAUGCUGGGGGCCCCCCGAGGCCGGACAAGAGGUGCAGGGCCACUCCUGUGAACGGACUCCACAGAGGAAUUCUUAGACACAGCGCCUUGGGUGGCAGGCUUGCCCGAGGAUGGGACUGGGAGGCACGCCUGCCAUCAUGUCCCCUGGAAUGGGUGCCAGGGCCCCCGCGUGGCCUCCAGAGGAACUCAAGACCCCCCAAUUGUAUGGGGAAGUCAGGGGCCAUGGCUCAAUCCUCCAGGCGGAGGUGUGGCUGGGCACCCAGCCGGGUAUUUGCCUUGGCCCUCACAGGGCCUUGCCGCCGCUGUCUUCUGAAGGCAGGGCUUGGCCUGCCUCCCCUGCACCUGACCCCGGCAGCGCCGGUGUCCUCCGUGUCCUCCAUGGCCACCCUGGUGGAUGCUCCUAGUUCCACCGCUGCAGGCCGCCAUGAGACCCGGGAUCAACAGCGCAGCGCCCCGUGAUUCCUGGCAUGGGCUCUUGGUGAGAUGUGGCUUGAGAACAGAAGGGCAUCCGGACCGUACAGCCCCGGGGACAGCCACCUCCCCCUCUCGGGACAUAGCUACUUCUCCGUUCGGAUGGGCUUUAAAUUAUUCCCAUAGGGGCCAAUUUCAAAUAAUAAUUUUUUCCCUGAUGGAAUUGACCUUAAUCUGUAUAUAACUUGUAAUUUUUUCUAAUUUGUUUCUUUUCUUAUUUUAUUUCUUCCUUAACAGUAUUUUUGGCAUUAGACAUUCUUAUUGUGAAAAAAUAAUGUUAAUAUAAGUAUCUAGUGAAGGACCAAAACCGUGUAAUAAGAUUGUGUGUUGUGUUACCGAUAACCAGGGUGGGGCAGUUAAAUGUGCCAAAUACCCCCAUGCCCCCGUGAACCCUGCAGUCACUGCUGCCACAGACCAGACAAUCAUAUGUUUUUGUUAAAUUUGCAUUUCAGUUGCAUUUGCAUUUAAGACAAGUGUUCUAUUUAUUUCUUUUAUUGUUUGGAAAAAAAAAAAACGAUAGUG